AUGACUCCUCUAAUGUUUAUUGGCUAUGUGACAUGUCUGAUCCUGGAUACUUUGGUCCAUGUAAAAGAAUCAAAUCUGAACAUUUGGACCUUGGUCGAUCAGUCCAGAUCUGAGAUCAUCCAGCCUGGAGGUUCUGUGACUCUGAAGUGUACAGUACAAAGUGGGACCUGUGAUGGGGAACACAGAGUUUUCUGGUUCAGGAACUCUGAAGAACACCUUCCAGAGAUCAUUUACACCAAUGGAGCCAGUGAUGACCAGUGUAAGAAGCCAACCACACAGGCACACAGCUGUGUGUACAGCCUCACCAUAGAGAGUCUGAACGCCUCCAGUGCCGGGACCUACCACUGUGCUGUUGCCUCAUGUGGACACAUUCUGUUUGGAAAGGGGAUGAAUCUGGACUAUGAGAAAAAGUCUGACUCUCCCGUCCUGCUCUACGUCUUGAGUGGAGCUUUAGCAUUCAACAUCAUCGUGGUGGCAAUUCUGACUACAAAUGCAGAUGGUUCCAACGAUGCACAUAAUCUCCAUCAUGCUGCCUUAACAAGUAGUAAAAUCAGCAGAUCGAGAGGGGAGAGGGAGGCCACCAGUGAAGUUGUGUACUCCAGUGUUGGGCCUGAGAACUGAAGUUGCUUCUUCGUGUUGUUAGACUAACGGCUAACGUCUCCGGUAGAAACUCUUUGUGAAGCUUUUGACCGAAACAUAAAUGUUCCUUUUCAUUUAUCUGUUAGAGAUGACCAAAGUAACUCCAUCUCCUCUGUCACCGCUUGUACAAACCUUUGAACUCGUGUCUUUGUUAACAUCAAGAAAUCCCAAA